GACAUCUACCUGUAACAGCUGCAAUUGUCAGGUGAUAACCGAUAGACGUCAAGUACUUUCCACCGAAUUCAACAGUCACCACUUCCUGAAACAUAUUUUAUUCGAGAUCCUUUUUGCCGAUAUUUCUUUCUUUCAAUUGUCUUUUCUUCAUUCACGAAUGUAAUGUUUCUUUUUGUUUAAUCUGUCGUAAAAUGCGUAACCUAACAACUUGCUUUUGAUCAUAGGGUUGAUUUGGGGCUUAAACAACAACCUAACUCUUAAGAAGUCUCUACAUUAUUAUCGUUCAGCUUGCAAGAAAUAGCAAUCCAAUUGUAUCAGAACGUCUUGAAUAUGUACGGACACAUUAAAUAAUGUAGUCUUUGACAUGCAUUGUCUGAAAGGGUGGGAUGGCAUUGGCAGGAAUACCUUAGGUUUACUUGUCAGAACUGACUUUGGUUACACAACAUUUAACGCAUCAACAAUGACGAAUGACAUUUCUGGAGAAAUUAGCAAUUUUAUUGCCUACUAUUCUGCUGUUUGGUAUCAUGUUACACAAUCCAAAGAUGUAGCUUAUGCUUGUAUGAUGUAAUUUCGUAAAUUAAGUUCAGUUCAGGAAUACCAGAUCUUAUUAAAAAGGAAUUUCUAACUUCAGAUAUAUUACCAAUAUUUUUCAUCUUUUAAAGACUAAAGAAAGAUAUGUGGAGUCGAUACAACUAGUUUAUAUAAAUCUAUGGUAGAGAUUUACUGUGAAAUAUUUCCUCAGAGUAAAAUUUGAAAAGAAGUUUCUCUGUUUCACUGUCUUGAAUGUGUACCAGAUCUUGAAUUCUAAUUAAGGAGUUUGCAGCAUCUUCAAAUAUUGACCAGGAUUACACUUAGAAGAAAUAUUCCUGUAAAAACAUUUACUCCAAGGAACAUAACUCCCUUGUAGUGAGAUAGGAAAAAAUAUGGAAAAUGAAUUACGUGAGAAAGCGGUUAAACGUAAAACUGAGAAUAAAAAGACUCAUUUUCCAAAAGUGAUUCUAAAAGGAGUAGGAAAAGCAUCAUAUCACUGCGAUGUCUGUAACAAAACAUUCUCUCUAAAAGGUAACCUCACUACUCACAAACGUAUUCAUACAGGUGAAAAACCAUAUCACUGUUCUAUCUGUGCUAAAUCAUUCUCUCAAAGAUCCAGCUUAACUACUCAUAGACGCAUUCAUACAGGAGAAAAACCGUAUCACUGUGAUAUCUGUGAUAAAUCAUUUUCUGUAAUAGGUAACCUUACUACUCAUAUACGUAGUCAUACAGGAGAGAAACCAUAUCACUGUGUUAUCUGUGGUAAAUCUUUCUCUGGAAGUAGUGAUUUAACUAUUCAUAAACGCAUUCAUACUGGAGAGAAGCCAUAUCGCUGUUAUGUCUGUGGUAAAUCUUUUGCUGGAAAUCGUGACUUAACAACUCACAAGCGUAUUCACACAGGAGAAAAACCAUAUCACUGUGAUAUCUGUGGUAACUUAUUUACGCAAAGAUCUAGUUUAAAUACUCACUUACAUAUUCAUUCAGGAGUAAAGCCAUACCAUUGUGAUACAUGUGGUAAAUCAUUCUCUGCACCAGGUAACUUAACUACUCAUAAACGUACUCAUACAGGAAACAAACCAUUUAAUUGUGAUAUCUGUGGGAGAUCAUUCUCUAGAAAUAGUGACUUAACUACCCAUAUACGCAUUCAUACUGGGUAGAAACCAUAUACUUGAUAUGUGGUAAAUCAUUCUCUUGAAAUAAGGUGUCUAUCAGUCAAAGUUGACCAUAUAUCUGCACAUGUAUGUUGAGGCAUGGGCAUGUUUUCCUGUUUUUUAAGUAAGACUGGCUAAUUGCUCAUGUUUGUAAGUCCUCUCUCACUAUGAUUCUGAUGGUACUUUUUGGUUUUCUCCCCCAACUAAAAAAAUUGUUUAACCCUCAAUAAAACAAAAAGAAAAAAAUUAAUAACCGCAGGAGUGGCUGUGUGGUAAGUAGCUUGCUUACCAACCACAUGGUUCCGGGUUCAGUCCCACUGCGUGGCAUCUUGGGCAAGUGUCUUCUACUAUAGCCUCAGGCUGACCAAAGCCUUGUGAGUGGAUUUGGUAGACGGAAACUGAAAGAAGCCCGUCGUAUAUAUGUAUAUGUGUUUGUGUGUCUGUGUUUGUCCCCCUAGCUUUGCUUGACAACCGAUGCUGGUGUGUUUAUGUCCCCGUCACUUAGCGGUUCGGCAAAAGAGACCGAUAGAAUAAGUACUAGGCUUAUAAAGAAUAAGUCCCAGGGUCGAUUUGCUCGACUAAAGGCGGUGCUCCAGCAUGGCCGCAGUCAAAUGACUGAAACAAGUAAAAGAGUAAACAUGAAAAGUGAAAAGAUUAAACGUCUUAUUGAAUCUGAUAAUAUUUUUAUAACAAAUCAUACGAAACUGAAAAAAAUUAAACAUCUUAUUGAAUCUAAUAACAUUUUUAUAAGAAAUCAUACCAUGCCUAUUGAGGAAGCCAAGCCUCAAUAUGUUGAAGUACUGAAUCAAAAGGAUCUAACGCUUUUAAUCCAAAUUUCUCAUCACCACAUAAACUCGAUAUUUUAGUGGGGAGAUAACCCAAUUUUUUAAUGGGGGUGAGAUAACCAAAAUGUACCUUGUGAUGUUAUUUAAAAUAAAGGCUGCUGAUAUGGGUUAAUACAGCUUGGCGUUGCUGUCAGAAUGCUGAGAAGUGGAGCAAAUAUUGCAAAGCAUCUCACCCAACCCUGUAACAGUUUUGCCAACCCACUGUCCUGGAUUGAUACAUAAUUUAUUGACCUUGAAGGGAUGGAAGACAACAUUAACCACAGCAGGAUUUGAACUGAUUGCAGAGUUUUGGAACAAAUACCACAAGGCAUUGUAUCAAGCACCAUAGUGACAUUGCCAAUUUGCUGCAUUUCUCUAUAGAAAUGACUUAACAUUCUUACAAAGUAGAAAUCAUAUCACUAAUAUCUGUGGUAAAUCAUUCUCUAGAAAUAAUGACUGAGCUCUGUUUCUCAUAGAAGAAAGGAACUGUGAUUGAAAAGGAGGUGGAUUAAUUGGCAUUUCAUAAAAUCAAGAUGUUUUUUAUUGCCAUAAUUCUGAGUAAUCAGGGAUUUGUAGAAAGAGGCAUUAUACAGAUGAAAACUGUUUUAGUAAAGAAAGGAGAAUCAGAAAAUUUCAUUAAUAUUGGAUGGUUUGGCUGGUGAUGGACAGUUUGAAACUUAGUUAUGGAAGCACAUACCUACAGGAAAAAAAAAAUUUUAAAAAGCCCAUAUCACUAUGAUAUCUGAUAAAUCAUUCUCUCAAACGUCUAGUUUAUGUAAACAAGUAUUUUCAUACGAGAAAAACUCAUAAUAUUUCUCCUAAAAGUAUUCACUUAUCUAUGCAUGUAUUUAUUGAUACAGAAGAGUAACCAUAUGAAUGUUGAGCUAUUCUAUGAAGCAAAAAAAUAGCCUAUUUAAUUGUAAACUUAUACCCACUGGAAUGAAGAUAUAACAGUGUAAUAAGAUCCUCUCAACACUAUAUUUUACAUGAUCGCUAAUAUAUAUUGGUGAACUAACUUCCCACUGUGAUAUUUUUAAUAACAAUCUUCCAGAAUUUUCUUCAUGUAUUUUCCACUUAAUUUAUUUCCAAAGAGAAGAAAAAGUACUAUUGAUUUAUUUUGACCUUGUGAAUAAUUUGCUGAGAAAUAUAUUCUCAGAAAUCAGGGAUAACACUACUACAAUUGUUUUACAAACAAAUGUACAAACCAUAAUGAGAAAUAUAGCCCCACACUGUAAUAGGAUAAAUGCAUGACAUUUUAUGUAUUCAAAAUUUUAUAUAUGCAACAUUUUGUGUAUAUUCUUUAUAUUCUUGGUUAAACUUUUGUUCUUGUGGUAGGAAGGUUAUACAAUGAUUAAAUUUAAAAAAACCAUAACUAAAUCAUGUAUUAAUUUCAUUAAUAUUGCUGUUUUUGAUUUAUAUAAUUUUAUCUUUCUGUUGCAUCAUUAUCAUCAUAGUUUAACGUCUGCCUUCCAUGCUAGCAUGGGUUGGGCGAUUUGACUGAGGACUGGUGAACCAGAUGGCUGCACCAGGUUCCAAUCUGAUCUGGCAGAAUUUCUACAGCUGGAUGCCCUUCCUAACGCCAACCAUUCCAAGAGUAUAGUGGGUGCUUUUACGUGCCAGUGGCAUGAGGGCCAGUCACACGGUACUGGCAACGGCCAUGCUCAAAAAGGUGUUUUUUACAUGCCACCUGUGCAGGAGCCAGUUCAGCGGUACUGGCAACGACCUCGCUUGAAUGUUUUUACACAUACCAGUAAGGCGAUGCUGGUAAUGAUCACGCUCAAAUGGUGCUAUUUACGUGCUACUAGCAUGGAAGCCAGACAGCUGCUCUGGCAAUGAUCAUGCUCGGAUGUGCUGUUAGUGCUCCACUAGCACAGGUGCCAGUCAUUGAGUUUGGUUCAAUCACGAUUUCGAUUUUACUUGCCCCAACAGGUCUUCGCAAGCUAAGUUUAGUGUCCAAUGAAGGAGAGGUUGGCAUAGGUACCAGUAAUCGAAUUUGGUUCGAUUUCAAUUUCAUUUGCUUCAACAGGUCUUCGCAGUGUGUGUAUGUAUAUAUGAGGUGGUAUCAAAAUGUUCCUGGACUAGUUCUGUAGCGUGCCAACAGAUGACAGCACUUGGUUGCAUGUGCAGUGAAAGAUAGCUGUGACCUUCAUGAGGCAGUGUGCCAAGUGACAUUGCUGUGUUUACUUUGUAGUCUGUGAUUUUGUCAUGGACGGGGUUUUGGAACACAGAGCCAAUGUGAAAUUUUGUAUUAAACUUGGGAAGUCUGCUACAGAAACAUUGAAUAUGCUUCAGCAAGCUUGCUGCAAUGAGGUAGCAGCAGUCACAAUGGAAGAGACCUUCAUCUUCACAACUGAAGGAGGCAUGACAGAGCUACAGCUCAAGAGCAUGCUCAUUGUAGGGAAUUUGUCCUCCUGGGUCAGACUGUCAAUCAAGAGUUCUACUGCAACAUUUUGAAGCAUUCUGAAGGAGGACAUUUUGUGAAAGUGACCGAAUUUGUGGAAUAUGAUUGGAUUCUUCAUGACAACAAUGCACUGUCACUUAGCUCUUCCUGUAAGUUUUUCACCAGAAACUACAUGGUAUUGUUUCCGUACCCACUCUAUUUACCAGAUUUAGCACCUACGAAUUUCCAUCUCUUCCCCAAGAUGAAAAAGCAGCUCAAAGGUCACCGUUUUAACACUGUUGUUGAGAUCACGAGCAAGUCAGAAGGUCCUCAAUUUGCUUACAGAAAGCAACUUCCAGGUUGUAUUUCAAAAGUGGUAGGAAUGCUGUGACCGGGGUAUUGCUUUGCAAGGUGACUUUAGGAGAUGGUGUUAGAACCUAAGUAAAUAAGUUAUGUUUUAUUAAAUAUAGCUAGUCUGGGAACCUUUUUAUACCACCUUGUGUAUGUGUGUAUAUAUAUAUAUAUAUAAUAUACACAAAAUGUGUUGUAUAAUUUGUAAAUCAUCCUCAUCAAUGUUACAUUCAUUUUUCCAUGUUGGUAUGAGAUGGACUUGUUACACAAAGUUUGACUGCUUUUUUUUUUUUUUUUUUUUUUUUUUCAAUGUUUUGUCAUCCUAGCUGUGAGGCCCAUAAUUAGAUCUUACCUCACCAAUUUUUGUGAAUAUUCUUAAAAAUUGAAAGUUUUAAUAAAACUGAUUUAUUAUUAGUCUUUU